AUGGAGUCUGUCAUGGAGGAGAUCCCGGUUAAAGUUGCGGUUCGAAUCAGACCUCUGCUUUCCAGAGAAGUGCUUCAUAACCACCAAGUGUGCGUGAGAUUAGUCCCAAAUACACAACAAAUUAUCAUUGGGAAAGAUCGUGUCUUCACUUUUGAUUUUGUAUUUGGCAAAAACUCAACCCAAGAAGAAAUUUAUACAGUUUGCAUUAAGCCUCUUCUAGUGUCUUUGACUGAGGGAUACAAUGCUACAGUGUUUGCAUAUGGACAGACAGGUUCUGGGAAGACUUACACCAUUGGAGGUGGCCACAUUGCAUCUGUUGCAGAGGAUGAAAAGGGCAUAAUCCCACGGGCUAUUCAGGAAUUAUUUCAGCAUAUUUCUGAAAACAAUAAGAUUGACUUCCAUGUGAAAGUAUCUUAUAUAGAGGUUUACAAGGAAGAACUUCGAGAUUUAUUGGAGUUGGAGACCUCUGUGAAAGAACUACAUAUUCGAGAAGAUGAAAAAGGAAACACAGUCAUUGUCGGUGCUAAGGAAUUCCAAGUAGAAUGUGCAGAUGAAGUGAUAAGCCUGUUGGAAAGUGGCAAUGCAGCUCGUCACACAGGCACAACACAAAUGAAUGUGCACUCUAGUCGAUCUCACGCCAUUUUUACCAUCAAUAUUUGUCAGAAACAGUGUGCGGAGUCUCAAAAAAAUACUGAUGCUGCACAGGAGUCAUCUUGGAAAUCAGUCCAGAUGAUUGCUUCAAAGUUUCAUUUUGUGGAUUUGGCUGGAUCAGAGAGGGUGACAAAGACUGGAAAUACUGGUGAACGCUUCAAAGAAUCAAUUCAGAUCAAUAGUGGUCUGUUGGCUUUGGGAAAUGUCAUCAGUGCCCUCGGAGACCCAAAAAGGAAAAGUGUUCAUAUUCCAUACAGGGAUGCUAAAAUCACUCGUAUUCUGAAAGACUCCCUUGGUGGAAAUGCAAAGACUGUCAUGAUAACAUGUAUAAGUCCAUCCUCAUCAGACUUUGAUGAAUCUUUAAAUUCCCUCAAAUAUGCCAACAGAGCCAAAAAUAUUAGAAAUAAACCAGUUGUAAAUUACAACCCCAAUCAAGACCGGAUUGAUGAAAUGGAACUUGAAAUCAGAUUGCUUCGAGAAGCUUUGCAGAACCAGCAGGUCAGUAGUCAGUGUUCACAUGACUUAAAUCAAGAAAGAACUCGUAUCAGUUCACUUGAGGAGCAGCUCACCCGGCUUCAGGUUCAAUGUUUCAGUUAUAGAAAUUGUGUAGAUGAAGCUUUCCCAUUUCUGGUUGAUUUGAAUGAUGAUGUUAACUUAAAAAGAAGUCAGCGGGACAGGUUGCAGAGCUGGAUCAGUAUGGUACAGGAAGUAAGGAAGGAAGCUCUCACCAUGCAAGAGAUUGACACACGGACUGGGACCAGCCAAGAGCCACAUCACAUCACAAUUCUUCAGCUAAAGAGGGAACUACGGAAAUGCCAG